UGAAAGCAGCUUGGUUCAGGUGAACGGGCAUGUUUAUCCAUCAGAGUGAUACCUCCUGUCAGACAUUCGGUCCCAUCUCAGCAGCUGUAGUUCGGCUCCUGGACACCUCAGCUCCUUCACGGGGUGUUAUCACUCCGAUGGUUUCGGUGGUUCCUCCGCAGGCUCCUCUAACCUGAGCUCCGGCCUAAUAGCCGUCUACAGACCGGCUGCCUCUCACGGGUAACAAACAGGAGGUCGUUGCUCCGGCUGGGUCUCAACUGUGAUCCGGGGCUAGCUGUGAGGCUAGCCGAGCGUAAGCCGAGCAGGCAGCGGGGCGAAGGCUCUUUCCGGACUGGACGGCGGGCAGAGGGAGCUCACCAUGGCCGGGGGAAACCACAGCCAGGCGGCCGAGGAGAAGGCAGGGAACCGGAGUCAGAGUGAAGCACAUAACUCUGGAGUGUCUUCAGAACGAGUCUCUGACUGUCCUGAAGUGGACCAGCCAAAGUCCAGACUUAAACCCCAGAGAACAUAUGUGGGGAUACUGGCCUGGAAAUCAGCCUCAACAGCAGUUAACAGGAGGUUGAAGUACAUCAGCCUGGCAGUGCUGGUGGUCCAGAAUGCAUCGCUCAUCCUCAGCAUCCGAUAUGUCCGCACGUUGCCAGGCGACCGCUUCUUCACGACGUCAGCCGUCGUCAUGGCGGAGGUCCUGAAGGUCCUGACGUGUCUGCUCAUCAUCCUGCUGCAGAAGAGAUUCAAUGUGAAGGAGACGGCAUUGUUCCUCGUCGACUCAAUUGUGUUUCAGUACAAAGACACUCUGAAACUGGCUGUUCCUUCACUCAUCUACACUCUGCAGAACAACCUGCAGUACAUCGCCAUCUCCAACCUGCCGGCCGCCACCUUCCAGGUGACCUACCAGCUGAAGAUCCUCACCACGGCUCUGUUCAGUGUGAUGAUGCUGAGGAAGUCUCUGUCCAGAGUCCAGUGGGUGUCUCUGCUGCUGCUGUUUGCCGGAGUCGCUGUCGUACAGGUGCAGCAGGAGGGCAACAAGGAGGCGUCCGUGACAGGCAGCUCCAAUCAGAACUAUAUGGUGGGUUUGGUUGCCGUGGUGAUCAGCUGCCUGUCGUCGGGGUUCGCCGGUGUUUACUUUGAGAAGAUCCUGAAAGGGAGCUCGGCCUCCGUCUGGGUGAGGAAUGUGCAACUGGGAAUCUUCGGCACGGCGCUCGGGAUGCUGGGACUGUGGUGGAACGACGGCGCCGCCAUCGCACAGCGCGGCUUCUUGUUCGGUUACACUGACAUGGUGUGGUGCGUCAUCUUCAACCAGGCGUUUGGCGGGCUGCUGGUGGCCGUGGUGGUGAAGUAUGCUGACAACAUCCUAAAGGGCUUUGCCACCUCGUUCUCCAUCAUUGUCUCCACGGUGAUGUCCAUCUACCUGUUUGGCUUCCACGUGGACCUGCUCUUCACGGCAGGGGCGGGGCUUGUUAUUGGCGCCGUCUACAUGUACAGCCUCCCCAAAGCAGCCGGCAGCGGCUCCUCAUCCCUAAGCUCUUCCUCGUCUUCCUCUGCGUCUUCGGCGCUGCCAGGGACGGAUGGAGGCGCGGAGAUGGAGGCGUUUCUGCCAAAAGCUCAGGGAGGCAUCGUGUCUCCUCCCCCUGCCGUCCACAUCACAGCCUAACAUGUCAAAGCACAACAGCAGGAGGAGGAGGAGGAACAAGUUGUCUGUCUGUCGCCCUCUCUGCCUUAAAACUCUUUACGUUACUAACUGAAUGAAAAGAGAAAAAGCCUUAUGCUGAUUAUAGAUGAUAUAUUGAUUAUUGGUGUAACUGCUGGUGGAGAAUCUGCAGUUUUGAGCUGAUGUUGAAGAGAUGGAUGUUUUCACUGCGCAGCCUCCACCUGCCACAGGAGGAACUGCUGGAUUCCACCUUAAACACUUUCCUGCAGCUGAGACAGUCACCAGCCAAUUAAAACGCUCGGCCGGCAGCUCGUCAUCAGAUUCAUCCUCAUUAAAAGUCUGUCAUCUUCAGAGCUGCAGCUGUUUAUCAGCUGUUUAUCAGCUGUUUGUGAUCAGCUGCACAGUGAAAAUGUCUCAUGGGUCAAACACGGCUUCAGUUUCCUGUCGGCUCGUCUGCAGAGCGGUGUCUCAGCGCGGACGACGUCGCUCUGCAGAUGGGCUGUGAGUGUUUGGUGCCUUUUCCUCUCAUCUGUACAGAAGCCAUAUGGUUGUCGGUGUAAAGUUAGCAGUGUACAGUCAGUAGAGUUCACACAGGCCAAGUGGGACUUUGUACAGUGUGAAGACUCUGCAGGUUCACAGACUCUUCUGGUCUAAGAAACAGAACCGGCUCCUGGACUCGUCACGCUGCUGUAAAGUGGUAAAGACGCUGAACUCAGAUCAGCUGUGACGGGAGCCGAGAUGCUGAGAGCAUCAUAAUUCUAAAGUUUGUUCUCACCGAACCUCUCCUGCUGCAGGCGUCUUGUUGAAGAAGGCGUCCUGUGGAGGCGUGCUGAAUGUCUCUUUGCUCGAGCGCUUUGACAGGCUAGUUAGUAGAGUCCAGGUGGAGGGAAGUCAAGCUGCUUCUGUGUUUACGUUGCUGUUUCACUCUGGGGGGAAAGGUUUUUGUUUGUUUUUUUUGUCUUCAGGUCUCUGCAGGAGCUGAUGAACAGUCCACCAGGCUGGUUUUAAUCUAUUAGAGGGGGUGACUUCACAGUUUCAGUUUCAGUUUGAUUCAUUCACUAAAACACCUCAAGAUAUCAUCUAAGUUAUUCUGCGACAACGUUUGCCCUGGAUUUUGCCUCACAGGCAACAUAUCUGCCCUACCUUUUUGAGAAGGCCUGCAGACAUAACUCAGGGCAAAAAUUAUGUCUCUAAAACCAGUUUGUGUUUCAGUUUGUGGUGAUUUGAUCAGUCACAGGUUUGUGUGUUCGCACUGAAGCUCAAUGUAAACUGAGAUGAAAGAAUCUGCCUGCAACUAACAGUUAUUUACAUCGUCUGCUGAUUAUUAAUUAAUGAACGGAUUUAUUGUUUAGUGUUUGGCCGCAGCCCAAAAAGAUGUUCUCAUGUGUCCAAACAUCAAACACUCAGUUCGCACUGAUGUAAAACAGAAAAACAAAAACCAAAGAUAUGACUUCUCUGUUUGAACAAAAAGACUCAAAAAAGUAGUUUAUUUUGUUUUCUAACAAAAAAUAAACAAUUGUAACAGCUUGAAGCUCCAUGUUCUCAUGGACCUAAUGACGCAAAAUCUAGUCUUUUUUUUGCAGUAUUUUUCAACCGGAAAUUUUCCUCUGGAGUAGAUCAUCCAGGAAGGCAGUUUUCUGUUUUUGCUUUUGAUGGCACUGCAAUCAUUUCUGUAAAAUUAAACAAUUAGAAGAAUUAGAAAAAUACUAUACCAGCAUUUUCCUUAAGUUCUUAUUAUUUUAGUUUAUGUUUUGCAUUUUACUAAAUACAUUUCUGCUGAAUCAAAUGACCACAAACUGUUAAUUAAGACAUUCACAAUGCUCAAUGCGCUGAGAUUAAAGCUAAGAACCGUUCUUUAGUUGUUCUCUGACGGAAAAAACUUUCUCCUCCUAAACAUGAAAACUGAAAACUAACAAUAAAUUGUUAUCAGUGAUCUCAAGAAAAAUGAUAAUUAAUGCUGAGUUCAUGAAAUAUGAGAAUUAUAUUUCUCAUAUUUCAUCUUCAUGGGUAAACAACUAAACAUAUUUAACUGAAAAUGAUUCAUAAAUAAUUAAACAAACGUUUCUCAGCUGCUUCAUGUCGAUAUGGCCACGAAAAACUAAACAAAAAAACAUUUUUUCCAAAGGUUCAAAAAAUAUUAAGAGUUUGUUUUUUGUUUGUAUCAGAAUCAAAGGUGUUUUCCUGAAUUAUUGAAUCAAACUGAAGGGAGAAAAAAUCAAACGAUAUUGUUUUACAUUUAAUUAUUUUCUGAAUCCUCCAGGAAACAGUUUGUGUCUGAGACUCUAAAACUAUAAAUUAAUAUAUCCGUUGUUUUUAUUUCAUGUGGAAAUGAAGGUUGGUUUGUGAUUUUUUUUAUUUUUUGUUUUUGGUGGUGGUGAAUGAGGAGGAAGAGGAAGCUCAGCAGGAAGCUUCAGAUUUCUGUGACAGGCAGUCAGAUUGAAGUCAACAGUCACGACAACAACAAAACAACAAAAUCUGAAUUUGAUCAUGUGUUUUUUUUUUUCUCUCAUUUUCACAUAAAAAGUUGUAAAAAAUUAUAUUUUCAGUUAAAAAGUAAUUGAUGUUAGAAAAAAGAAAACUCCCUGUAUCUGAGAUAACAAGACCAAAACAUAUUUCACAUCAUUAAAAAAUAUAUUGAAGGAAUAAUUAUGUUAAGAUAAUUAUAAGAGAUUAAUUAUCUUAUUAUCUCCAGAAAAUGUUUGUUUGUUUAACAAGAAGAAAAAGUUGUUUUUAGUGACAAUGGAUUAAAUAUCUUGGAACAGUUAAGUCUUUUUCUGGAGAUAAUUAUCAUGUUAUCUUAAUUAAUAUUGUUAUUUUAUUAGUAUUAUAACAUUAUUAUUAUCAUGAAUUUUGUCAUCAUGAGGUAAUGACAUCAUCUGUCAUAUAACAACAGCAUCUGUACACACUGAUGUGAUAUAAAAUAUCUCUUUAUCUCGAAUUAUUGGGAGUUUUAUCUCUAGAUCAUAUCAGGAUAAUUAUCUCCAGAAAAUAACCUUUACUCCUCAGAUAAAAAUAUAUUUAUACAGAAACAACAUAUUUAUUUCAGAGCUUCUUUAAAUACACUUUGAUUUUGUGAACAAUAAACAUUUAUGUUUUAAAAUCAGCCGUCGAAUUUAAAGAAUCCGGAGACGACAGAGUGCAGCUGGAGACAUUUAACUUUUACUGUCUCUCAGCAGCUGAACGUGUUUUACAUGAGAUUCAUUUAAAUAUUUGUUUUCUCCCAAAAACAAAUGAAAAAUUAAGAAACUCAAAAUUUAAUAUUUUCAA